AUGGCUGCACCACAACCUACCGCAAACGGCUCCUCUCGCUCAAGUCUUGAAGAACCAACCUCACCGAGGCAUAAACCGGCCGCACUCUCCUCCACCGCCGUUUCCUCCACCACCACGACCCCUCUGCAAACCCCGCGCAAGGAAUCGUCACCUUCAGUGUCACACCGCUCGAGCUUUGCCGAGAACCUCAGGGCCCAUCCUUCCUCUCCUAGAGCACAGAGACACAACUCCUUCUCAGGCGCAGCAUUGACGGAGCUUCUCAUGAAUCCUCCAGUGAAGACCAACGGCGAGGAUGCGGCGAGAUUCAAGGGCAGGGACUGGAGGACAGUGCAAGUGCACGAGAUCAUUGACCCGGCGGAGACGCGCUUUGUGGAGCUGGACUCGAGCAUAGAAGAGACUACGAAGCUGCUUAUCAAGUCCGGCGCACCGAACGUCGUCCUGAUAAGGGAGUCGAGGACGACCAAGACGCCAAUAGGCUGGUUUGGCUACGAUGAGCUGAAUGCAUAUCUACUGCUUGUGCUGGGACUGACGCAGCCUGACGAGUCGGCAACGCAGUUGAGGGAAAGGGCAAGAAGCGGAGAGACUCUGCAACUGCGAGAAGUCAACGACCACCUUGGAUUACAAGACGAGCCGAUGAUGCUGCCGCAUACCGCAAAUCUUACGCAAGCAAUGGAGAUGUUGGGCAGCGGUGUGCACCGCAUUGUGGUUACAAAGGAAGGCACGAGCGAAGCAUUGGGCAUCCUCAGUCAGCUACGGCUGGUGCGAUUCUUCUGGGAGAACCACCAGAAUUUUGCGGCAACCGAGCGGCUGUAUGGCGUAACGCUGAAGGAGCUCGAGAUCGGUGCCAAGGACGUUCUUGCGAUCAAUGGCGACAGGCCGCUCUCGGAUGCCCUGCGCUUGAUGAACGACGAGAGCGUGUCGUCGCUACCGGUCCUUGACAUCCACAGCAACGUCGUUGGCAACAUCAGUCAUGUCGACACUCGACUCCUCACGGACACAUCAGCCAUACCUCUCCUCUCAUCCUCCUGCAUCCACUUCAUCUCCGUGAUCCUCUCUGAACGAGGUGUUCAAGACGGCAAAGACUCCUAUCCAGUCUUCCACGUCUCACCUUACAGCACUCUGGCCCACACUGUCGCCAAGCUCUGCGCCACACGCUCCCACCGCAUGUGGAUCACCGACCCUUCUGCAUCACCUUCUGGCAGUAUUCCACCUAGCCCUGGAGUGGGGCCUCACACUACCGUACCGCCCUUCAGCAUGCAGAAUUCAAGCGCCCACACCACGGCGCCAGCUGGCCGACCCGACUCGGCACGUGGCAGCGAGCCGCACGUCGUCUCUGGCCCACCAUUCACAAACCCAAACAUGGGCGCUUCCGCUGCACAUAUGCCUGGCGCGAACAUGAGUGGUCGGCUGAGCGGCGUGGUGAGUCUCACAGAUGUGCUAAACAUCCUCGCCCGGGCAUCAGGUCUGUCUCCCGGUGACCCGGAGACUACUCGGCGGAGAAGACGACGUAGCAGCUCGAGCAGUCGGUCGAGGAGCUUUGCGGAGGGUGCACGGCCGAGUGCUGAGGUUAUCAGAGGGAGUAUGGAUUCAGGACGGAGGAGUGGGAGUAUGGGGGCGAGUGGGAGGCGGUGA